ACCUUCUGCAGCCUCUUGUUUUCAUCUGAAAGAAAAAUGAAGAGAUUUGCUGCAGUCCUCAUUUGCCUGGGAGUCUUUUGGGCUCAGACUUCUGGUUUGAACACCUUUACCCUGCGAGAUCCCAUCAGCAACUAUGUCACUGGGACCAUGACCAUCCACAGCGAGGAGCACAUCGUCGACGUCCACGUCCGCUCUGGCGUGUACUCCUCUGACACCAUUUUUGACUACACACAUGGCUAUAUUGCCACCAAGCUGUUUUCACGAAAUGCCUGCUUUAUCAUGAAAAUAGAGAAGGAUGUUAUCCCAGACCUGGAAGAGAUUGGACGUCUGGCUUUUGAGAGACAGACCAUGAGGGAUGUAUACUCUCCGAAUAACGUGUGGGCCCAGUUCCAACCUGGCACUUCCAGGCUGGGGCAUUUUAGAGACUGGAUUCUCUAUGGGAAACACAUUGAAAAUCUCUGCACGGGGCUGCCUCUCUACGAGCUGGUGGCCACUGAACCACCAACAGAUGCUGAUGGCUGUGCCAGUGCCGGCAUUCCAAGCAUUUUGGGCCUUAAAAUCUGUGAAGAACUCAUUGCAACUGAAUAUUGACAUUUCUGUUGCAAGGAAAUGCCUUUUUGCAUGUUUUAGUAGUGGUAACCAUGUUCUCCAGCUGGAACAGAACUCGGGUACGAGGCUCAACCUGCCUGUCCAAAGCUUUGAUGCAUAACAAGCCUAUGACACACAAAUAAAUAUAAUGCUUGAAUAAAUUAAAGAAUAAAUAUAAAUAAAUAAA